AUGCCUUCGAAUACUAAAAGCACCGGAAACCACGAGGAGGAGGCGCAGCGUCGUCCCCUGAGCGUGAAGCCGGCUCUUGGUGCCGCCUCGCUGCGGCCGCCAUUUGCCAUUGAUGAUCGUUCUCGUCUCCCUGCGGGGAGCGAGAGGGGGAGGACGCAGUCUGAGUGGUUUUCGUUCUUAAUGUUGUUGUCUAAAGGAAGCUUGAUUGUUGGGAGUGCGGUUUGGAAGCUGUGUCUAAGCAGCCCUUCGGGAGUGCUCUGCGGAGACUUUGCAAAGGGAGGAAUUUACGUUGAUGCCGUUAACUCCCUGGGCCAGACAGCACUUUUUGUUGCAGCGUUAUUAGGCCUGACGAAAUUAGUUGAUGUCCUGGUGGAUUAUGGGUCAGAUCCAAAUCACCGCUGCUUUGAUGGGAGCACCCCUGUCCACGCAGCAGCAUUUUCAGGCAAUCAAUGGAUCCUCAGCAAACUGCUUGAUGCAGGGGGUGACCUGCGACUCCAUGAUGAGAAAGGGCAAAACCCGCAGACCUGGGCCUUGGCAGCAGGGAAGGAGCGCAGCACCCCGAUGGUGGAGUUUAUGCAGCGCUGUGCCUCCCACAUGCAGGCCAUCAUCCAGGGCUUCUCCUACGACCUCCUGAAGAAGGUAGACUCCCCGCAUCGGCUCAUCUGCAGCCCGCCCUGGUUUGGGGGACUCAUGCAGGGAAACGCUAAUGGCUCUCCUAACCGAUUGCUUAAAGCUGGGGUCAUUUCUGCUCAAAAUAUCUACAGCUUUGGCUUUGGGAAGUUUUAUCUCACAGGGGGGACACAGCUCGCCUAUCUAGGGUCUCUUCCCAUAAUUGGAGAAAAGGAAGUGAUUCAAGCUGAUGAUGAGCCCACCUUCUCUUUCUUCAGCGGCCCCUUCAUGGUCAUGACCAACCUGGUGUGGAAUGGGAGCAGGGUCACAGUGAAGGAGCUGAACCUCCCCACCCAUCCACACUGCAGCAGACUACGACUGGCAGACCUGUUAAUUGCCGAGCAGGAACACAGCAGCAAACUGCGGCACCCCCACCUGCUGCAGUUGAUGGCUGUGUGCCUAUCCCAGGACCUGGAGAAGACUCGCCUUGUGUACGAGCGCAUCACAGUGGGCACGCUGUUCAGUGUCCUCCAUGAACGACGGUCUCAGUUCCCGGUGCUGCACAUGGAGGUGAUCGUGCACUUGCUGCUGCAGAUCUCUGAUGCCCUGAGAUACCUGCAUUCCCGAGGCUUUAUCCACCGCUCCCUCAGCUCCUAUGCUGUCCACAUUGUCUCUGCAGGGGAAGCGAGGCUCACCAACCUGGAGUACAUGAUGGAAAGCCAGGAUGGAGGUGUACACAGAGACCUGACUCGAGUACCUCUCCCCAGCCAACUGUACAACUGGGCUGCACCAGAAGUGAUCUUACAGAAGGCAGCCACGGUGAAGUCAGACAUCUACAGCUUCUCUAUGAUCAUACAGGAGAUUUUAACAGACAACGUACCUUGGAAUGGUUUAGAUGGCUCGGUUAUUAAAGAAGCCGUAGUCUUGGGAAAUUAUUUAGAAGCAGAUGUCAGGCUUCCGAAACCUUACUAUGAUAUCGUUAAGUCAGGCAUCCAGGUCAGGCAGAAAGACCGAACUAUGAAUCUUCAAGAUAUCCGGUACAUUCUGAAGAACGACUUAAAGGAAUUUAUUGGAGUACAGAGAACUCAACCAACUGAGAGCCCCAGGGUGCAGAGAUAUGAACCUCAUCCUGAUGUCUAUCUAGGACUCACUUCAGAACAUCCAAAAGACACCCUCGACUUGGAAAUCAAAGAAUUGAAAGAAAUGGGCAGUCCACUUCAUUCACCAAGGGGUCAGUCUUCUCCCACUGAGGAAGCCACAUUGGAUCCUGUGACCCCAGAACCAAGUCUGAUGGCCCAGGAGGCUGUGCAUCAGCCUGCUCCUUCUCUUGCUCACUUGGUGGCAGAAGAGGCGAGGAGCCCCAGCACCAGUCAGGCGAGCCUCUGCAGCUUCGAAAUCAAUGAAAUCUACUCAGGCUGUUUGAACCUGGGAGAUGGCAAAGAGAAAGAGACCCCAGGAGCUACUUCAUCUCCUGAGGGGGAGAGACCACACCAGGCAGACGAACUGCAAUCCAUGGAGGAAGAGUUGGAUAAGAUGGAGAGAGAGGCAUACUGUUUGUGUGCUGACAGGAGCUCUUCAGAAACUGACCCAGAGCUCUCCUUUGGGGACUGGGACUGGCAGAAUGACUCACUCAGUUCGCCCAGCCUCCCUGAGCCAACCAGAGAAGUGCAGGGCCCUGUGAGCAACAGGUCCAUGACUGAGGAGUACAUCAGUAAGUGUGUCCUGAACCUGAAGAUCGCACAGACACUGAUGCACCAGAGUGCUGAUCUGCUGAGGGAUACCCAGCAGGAAAUAGGUCAGCUGGAGAUGAUGCAUAACGAGCAGGAGGAGUGCAGGUCUCUGUGGGAAGCUUCACUAGAGUUUGCAAAUGUCUGUAGCUCUCCUUCAGCCCUGGGCCCUCCAGCUCCAAGUUACAUUCCUCCUGCCAUGCAUCUGUCAGGGGGCCAGCAGCCAGAUACCAGGGGCAGUUGCCUAACCUUAGCAAGGUCUCCAAGAACAGCGAGAGAUUUUCAGGGAGGACAUUUUGGCAAAAGGCCCAGUAAAAGAAGUAGCUGUGACUGGAAACCUCUCACCCAAGUUUCUGAAGAAAGUUCUGGGCAUCAGUCAGAGACAAGUCAUCAGACUGCUCUUGGUGGCUCUGGGAAAGACAAUACAGGUGAGCAGUUUCAGCACACUGAAGGAGCCAAGGUCAAUUUGGACAGAAGCCGAAACCAAAGUACUAGUAGGAUUAGUGUGGAAGCUGUGUCUAAUGAAAUCUCUAAUGCAAAGUCAAGAAAUGAAGAUGAUGGAAAGGUACACUUCAAAUGGAAAAUGGAAGUGGAAGCAAUGGCAGAGAAAGCAGCUACUGGACAGCUCACAGUACCUCCUUGGCAUCCGAGGAGUAGUUUGACCUUAGAGUGUGAGGCUGAAAACAUGCCUGAUCCUCUGCUGCAGCCCCCUGCUAGGGGCCCUGAGAACAUGAAUUGGCAGCGAGCUGUAGAGUAUCACAGGGAUAAGGAUGAACCAGCAGGAAACGACAAGUUUGACAGAUUGGACCACAGUGACUGUGACCAGCAUGACAGACAGCCUGGGCCUCGGAGCUUCACCAGUAUCAGGCACCUGUCCCUUGGAGAAAAUGAGCAGCCAGAGUAUAGCGAAGCCUUUCAAGCAAGUUCUGAGGCAUCUGUGGUCAUCGAGAAGUCUUACAGUGAUCGGUCUGUGCAAUCAUCUUGCUCACCAGAGACUUCUGAGGACAUAACAGAUGAAUUUUUAACUCCAGACCAUGAAUAUUUUUACUCCUCAACUGUUGGAGAAAACUUAGAUCUAGAGACUUCAAGUCCCAUAGAAGACUUUGAAGGAAUACAAGGAACAUUGGCUCAACCUCAACUUUCUGGUGAGGAAAAGUUCCACCUUGGAAAGAAUGCUGAGACUUUGACUAGAUCUCAAUUCCAGCCUAUACAAAGUACUGAAGGUGAACAAGAGCAAGCAUUAAAGAAGCCACCAAAAGAACUGAAGGAUAAAGACAUCUCACUGAUAGACAUUCAGGACCUGUCUAGUAUCACCUAUGAGCAAGAUGGCUCUUUUAAGGAAGUCUCAUGCAAGACACCCAAAGUAACCCAUGCACCUACUAGUGUCAGCACUCCACUCAGCCCAGGGUCAGUUUCUUCAGCUGCCAGUCAGUAUAAAGACUGCCUUGAAGAUAUCACAUUUCAGGUUAAAACAGAAGCUACUUGUUGCUGGGACAAUCAAGAAUCGAUACAAACUUUGUCUGGUAAAUCUGCAACUGUCCGAGAGAGAGCAAGGAGUCUAGAAUCUCUCUUUCCUUCCACUGAAACAUCUGCUUCCAGACUGACUGAUCUGAAAAGAUUGCCUGCGUGUCCUGGGGCUAGUUCCUCCAGUAUUGCUAAGGCAUCUGACACAUCACUUCAUGCCUUCCAGAAAAGGAGCCUGCCUAAAGAACUAAUAGAAGCCAUCUCCCAGCAUCACAUUGAUGAGCUACCACCACCGUCUCAGGAACUUCUUGAUGAAAUUGAGUGCUUGAAGCAGCAGCAGGCCUCAUCCACUGCAUUGCAUGAGAACACAGCACGUGAUCCGGUCAUCACUGCAAAUGAUCACAAACAUUUAGAAGAACAAGAAACUGAUAGUAAAAAAGAAGAUAGCAGUAUGCUUUGGACCAAAGAAACUCGGGACCUAGAAGAGGACACAGAGAGAGCUCACUCUACUCUCGAUGAGGACCUGGAAAGAUGGCUGCAGCCACCUGAGGAGAGCGUGGAGCCACAGGACCUCCCCAAGGGCUCUGCAAGGGAGACAAAUACCAAGGAUCAGGAAGUUGGUGAAAAGAAGAGAAAAGGAGACAAAAACAUCAAGUCACAGAGAAGGAAAUCAGAGGGUUUUUUAGGGGCUUCUGAAGAAGAUGAACUAAAACCCUGUUUUUGGAAGCGACUGGGUUGGUCCGAACCAUCCAGGAUAAUCGUUCUGGAUCAGAGUGACUUGUCCGACUGACUGGACUUGGAUCGUGGGUGGAUUCCUGGCCUGAGUUUGAGUGCCCUGGUUGUGAGCUCCUUUCUUCUUUCAUCUGCUUCAGUUGCCAUUGGGGCAGUGGUUCCGGUUCCGUAACUUACACUUUGUUCAGCUGCCACAGUAGACAUAAUGGUUUGGCCCUUUUGGCAGCACAUUUAACUGUUUGUUUUUAGUCAGAUUUGAGAAAGGUAGUUUUGAUUGUAAAAAUUUUUUCAUGUGUCCAGAAUGACUUUUUGGUUUUGUUGAUGUAAACUUUUGAAAG